CAUCCGACGGCCUCGGAAGCCGAUCUCGCCGGGAUCGCGCUGGCGCUCAAGGGCCUCGAGGCGUCCGACACGAGCCCCGAGGCGGCGGGGGGCGUCAAGCUGAACAAGAAGGCCUACCCGGUCGAGGCCGUGGUCGCGAUCUUCAAGGACUUCCAUCCGACGGCCUCGGAAGCCGAUCUCGCCGGGAUCGCGCUGGCGCUCAAGGGCCUCGAGGCGUCCGACACGAGCCCCGAGGCGGCGGGGGGCGUCAAGCUGAACAAGAAGGCCUACCCGGUCGAGGCCGUGGUCGCGAUCUUCAAGGACUUCCAUCCGACGGCCUCGGAAGCCGAUCUCGCCGGGAUCGCGCUGGCGCUCAAGGGCCUCGAGGCGUCCGACACGAGCCCCGAGGCGGUCCCGUCCGACGACGCCGAGGACGCGGACGUCGAUGGUCUACCGGGCGUCGAGGACUCGGCCCGCCAUCUCUCGGAAGCGUGCGCGGACUCGGAGACGUGGCACAAGAAAGGCGACGACAAGAAGAACUGCGCCUGGGUCGGCAAGAAGGCGGCGAGCCGCUGCAAGGCCUGGGUCAAGUCCGAGGGCGGCGUCCUGGCCAGCGACGCCUGCCCCGUGGCCUGCGACACCUGCCCGGCGACCUGCGUCGAGGGGCCGUCGUGCGCGGACUCGACGACGUGGCACCAGGGCUGGAAGAAGUCGAAGACCUGCGCGUGGGUCGGCAAGUCGCCCGCGAAGCGCUGCGACAAGGAGUCCAAGUCCAAGGUCUUGGCCAGCGACGCCUGCCCCGUGGCGUGCGACGCCUGCCCGACCUGGGCGGAGGUGAUCGCCGAUCUCGAGGCCAAGAACGCCGCGCUCGAGGCCGCGAAGGCCUCCGGGGAGGGCUGCCCGACGCCCGCGCCGACGCCCGCGCCGACGGUCGACCCCACGGCCGAGCCCACGCUCGACCCCACGGCCGCGCCGACGGCGUCGCCGACGGUCGACCCCACGGCCGAGCCCACGCUCGACCCCACGGCCGCGCCGACGCCCGCGCCGACGCCCGCGCCGACGGUCGACCCCACGGCCGAGCCCACGCUCGACCCCACGGCCGCGCCGACGGCUUCCACGUGCGCCGCGAACGAGUGGUUGGUCUGCGAAAAGUACGUCUGCCUCGAGUGCCCGACCGGCUUCGCGUGCGACGGCAUCGACGCGAC